AAAAAGGAAAUGAUUAUUUCAUGUUGGUGGUGGUUUUUGGUCUGAGCAGAUUCAACUUAGGUAGUGUAGAAGUCAGUUAGGUUCUAGAGUGAGUGAGAGGUGAGAGUCAAUUCUUCUUCUCCUUCUUCUUCUUGUUGUUUUGAUCCAAAGAGUGAGGUUUCUUCUUUCUUUCCUUGAGUUGUGAGCUAAAGAUGUCGCAGAGUCAGAGUAAGAAACUGACGCCGAAUCUGGAUAGGCAGAGCACCAAGGUGCUGAAUCUCACCGUCCUCCAGCGCAUCGAUCCCUUCAUCGCCGAGAUUCUUUUCACCGCCGCUCACGUCUCUUUCUACGAAUUCAACAUCGAAACUAAUCAGUGGAGUCGCAAGGAUGUCGAAGGAUCUCUAUUUGUUGUCAAGAGGUCAUCAAUGAACACUGCUUCUUCCUCUUUCCAUAUGCUUCGGUUCAUGUGCACUUUGAUCCUUGACCAAUUUCCCUUGUUUUUUUAUUUUGCGUCUUUCAGGAAUGUGCAGCCUCAGUUUCAGUUCAUUGUCAUGAAUCGACGAAAUACAGACAACCUAGUAGAGAAUCUAUUGGAUUUUGAGUAUGAACUUAAGAAGCCAUACCUAUUAUAUCGGAAUGCAGCUCAAGAAGUUAAUGGUAUAUGGUUUUACAAUGAAGAUGAAUGUGAAGAAGUUGCAAAUCUCUUUAAUAGGAUACUUUCUGAAUACUCAAAGAUACCUCCAAAUGCAGUAAUGCCUUCAGUCAAAAGUGAGUCCAAGGAAGUGCCAGUGUCAGUUGUAGCAGAAAGCCCUCUGGAGUCCUCUUCAGCUCCUGCUUCUGCAGCUGAAGCUUUUGGAGGUCCUGUGUUUUCGACCAUCUUCAGUACAUCUAAGACUGCUGGAAAUUCAGAUAUAGAAAAUUUUAGACAGCCUUCUGCCACUGUAACUUCCACAUCUCAAAGUGGUAUUUUGUCCCCUGCACCUGCUAUACAAAUACCAUCUGCCUCUCCUUCAGGUUUAUCUUUGUCUGGCUUCCCGGUUGGCCCUUUUGAAACAUUCAACAGUGGCAAUCAAGUCACGAAUCUUGUUAAGCCUUCUAGUUUCUUUGCCUCCGCUUCUUCAUCUUCACAAAUAAGUGCACCUAUUUCUUCUUCUUCAUCCCCUAGCACAGCUCUUCAACAUUCAUUGAAUAUGCCACACCAAUAUGGAAGGACGAUGCCGCAACCCUUUCCACCACCUAAUCUUUCUCCGUCUCUUCCCACUGGUUCUAGCCUCACUCCUAAUCAAGCUACCAUCAGCCGGGACAAAGUCCGUGAUGCACUCUUAUCUCUGGUUCAGGAUGAUCAAUUCAUUGACUUGGUGUUCCAAACAUUUCUGAAGCUGAAUCAUUCUUGAGGAGUUCGAAUUUUGAGUGUUGGGUGAAAACCUGGUAUAAAUGACUGCUGUACAUAAUAGUUACACUCCCACAUUACUAACAGGAGCCUCAUAUCUCUCAUUAAAACGUAGUAUAGAUGUCCGACUGUAUGCCUGUUAAGUCUGUCCUCGUUCAGUGCUUCGUCUGUUUGAAUCUACUGAGUUUUGGCCACCACUCUUCCAAGUAUAUCUGUGAUGGCCGAUUUCCCAAUAUACUAUGACAUAAUAUAAGUGAAAUUAACACAUAAUAUUCACCGAAUUCAUGUACGUAUAUGUGGACAAUGACGAAAUAAAAUGAUAAUGAAUAUAUAUGAGAAUGGAUAUUGUCACUCUUAGUUUGAUAAUGUCAUUUUUUUUUAUAAAUUUACGCAAAUAUACAAUUAAAAAAAAUUAUGUAUGAUUAUAUGUGGAGUAACAUUAUAAAAAAAAUGAGUGACAAUAUCAUUUCUCUAUAUAGAGAUAUAAAAAUUUAAUACACUAAAUACUAUUGUAACCGUCCAUGUGUACCCGAGAUUUAAUGGUGAAAUAUUAUGGAGAAUUCAUAGUCUCUAAUUCCGGUGUAUUGAAGUGGUCUGUAAUGAUCUAAUGGUAAUUUGGUGGUUCGAUUUUCUUCUUUCUACAUUUUAUUUUCAGUUUGCUAGCACCUAUGUUCCUUUGUAUAAACAUGGGGAUCCUAUGUAAUUUAGUUUUAUAUCAGGUCUUCUGUUUUGGAAUAAAUACAUUGCAGUGUAGUACUCUGCUUUGCUUAUUAGUUAUUACAUUAGAAGUUUAGAACA